AUGCCUCCUCAGUUCUUAGGUAACCCUUACGAAGUUGAUAAUGAAUGGGGGGACAGUGAUAUAGACACUCGGGAUGAUGAAUGGAUACCUAUUUCAGAUAAUGCAUUAUUAACGCACAAUCGCCUGAUACAGAACUUGGAUCUUACUGAGAGUGAUGAUGAUGAAGAUGAUGAAGAUGACUGGGGCAUUAGUUACGAAACAGAUUGGGCUGAUAGCACAGAUUACUUCGAUGAGAACGACGGCAUUAAUGUUUAUGUAGAUGAUGAUGAGGACGAUGAGGAUGAUGAGGAAUACAUUCCCGAUGAUGAAGAUUAUGAAGCAGACCAAGAAAUCGAAGAUCAUAUGGGAAAUACUUUUGUAUAUUACGAUGAUGACACAGAUGAUGAUGAUGAGGACGAGGAUGAAAUUGAAUACGUCACUUACCCUUCAAAUGACAAUGAAUCGGUAUCAAAUAACAGUGAAAGUCAAUCAACAAUAGCUACUACAACAACUAUGGCUAGUACGGUAACGGAAUCAAAUUCUACUAAUUUUGAAACCGAAACGGAUGCGGACUGA